AGUUUCAUAACACUGACAUGUGGGCCGAGAGGUAAACAUUGAAAUCGCUACAAAAUAAACCCGACAUUCUACAUUUGCCAGUUCUGCACAAGGAAAAAAUGGCUCCCAAAAGGAGACUCAGAUCUCAGAAAGAAAAGUCUGUUGAUGGAAACAAAAAUAUUGUUUGUGAGCCAGAAACAUAUGCUAAACGUCUUUCCAAGCGUUUGAAGAAAUCAAAGAUUGACGAUGAUCUCAAGCAACAAAAGAAUCUCCUAAUAGAAACUGAUCAAAAGGAAAAUGUACCUUCCAGUUCAAAUAAUAAGACUGUGGAUUGUGAAAGCAACGUGGUGACAUUAAAGAGUCGUCUGUGUGAAGAAGGGAGAGAUGCACUGUUUGAUUUCAAGCCAAGACAACAUGCCCCACAGAUCCGGACGUUUACACCAAUGGCAAGUAGGAGCCAGAACAUUGUCCAUUGCCUCCAACAAUACACCUGGGGAAAUAAGUGCAACCCAACAUUGGCACAGAGUUUGUCACAGCCCGUGGUCAGUCAGAUUUCUGACAUGCAGCUCUGUCGGACAGCCAGCCCCUUUGACCGGCGUGUGACCGCCAUGGAGUGGCACCCCACCAAACCACAUGUGGUAGCUGUGGGAUCAAAGGGGGGAGACAUCAUGUUGUGGGACACUAAAAAACUAAACAAUGAGAAAUUUGUCCAAGGGGUUGGUCCUGGCGGUAACAUUCAGGCAAUUAAGUUCUGGCCCUGGGACAGCAACAAGGUGGUAUUUGCGGCUCUGGACGGAAGGGUGACCGUGCAUGAUUUCAAGGGCAGACAACCCAAUAUCUUGGCAGACACUCACAAUUUUUAUGAUUACUGGUACUGCAGUCUGGAUGUCCACGCAGAAAGGAAGCUGGUAGUGGCGGGCGACAACACAGGCAAUGUUCAAAUGUUGUCAAGCGAGGGACAAAAGGUGUUUGAUUUCCGCCUACACAAAAGCAAAGUGACCCACAUAGAGUUUUCACCACGGGAGGAGUGGCUUCUGUGUACUUCCUCCACCGACCAAACCGUCAUGUUCUGGGAUAUUCGUAUGAUGGCCGACAGGAAAAGUGUACUGCACAUGCUCAAACAUGAACGACCUGUGAACUCUGCUCACUUCAGUAAGACCGAUGGCUGUCGAUUGCUGACCACUGACCAACAAAACCAAGUACGAGUGUACCGAGCCCCAGCCUGGACUCUUGAGAGAACCAUCCUUCACCCUCACCGCUUCUUCCAGCACAUAACCCCAAUAAAGGCGACAUGGCAUCCACUUCAGGAUUUGGCAGUAGUAGGGCGGUAUCCCGAUCCAAAUUUCCCCGGGUACCACUCAGGAGAGCUGAGAACCAUUGACGUGGUUGAUGCCAACACCGGGAACACAGUGUCAAGUUUACAUGAUCCCAGUGCUCCGGGCAUUGUGUGUGUGAAUAAAUUCAACAAUGAUGGGACCUUGCUGGCCUCUGGGAUGGGUGUGAAUGUCUUGCUGUGGAUGAAGAAGGCGGAAAUGGAAAAAGCCCAGGAAGGUUUGAUGACGUCACUAAAAGGUCUAGGUCAUCAAAGAUCCAGUGCCACCAGGAACAGUUCGUCACGGCAACCGAGAAACAAAACGGAUGAGAAAAAACUGAAAAAGCUACAAGGAUCAAAAACAGAGACAAAAAAUGCGAAGCUGAAAUUGAAAAGCAAGGAAGAUAAAUUAUGAUUUACCAUGUGUUCCAAUUUGUGUUUUUCAAAUUGACUUUGUAAAGUUCUCAUAUACAUCUAUAUUCUAUUUUCAAAGAGUACUGGAACUAAGUUAAAUGGGUUUAAAUUGAAAUUUUUCAAAUAGCCUUAACUGAAGGAUCAAUGGUAGGUUAGAUAGAAAUUUUAAAAAUAUUUACAAGAUAAUCCGAAAAUCCGGUAUUGCUUAGGAAAAAAUAUAGCAAUAUUGAUGGACACUUUUAUUAAGGAAUAAGAUCUGUGUUAUAUAAAAGUAUUAUUGUUUCAGAUAGUCUUUUGUUUUCAUGAUUUGUUCCGUUGGUAUUUGAAUAAAAUUAAUCCAUCCAGUAUAUAGCAUAGAAGUAGUAGAGUAGUGAAAUAGUUUGAUGAAUCUACUGAAACAUGUUCAUAUUCUUCAUGUCCCAAAUAUGUCAGACUCAAAUCAGUAUCAUGUUGUUAUUUCAUCUGAAUAAAUU